CUUCCUCCUCCCGCCAUCAACUCCAUACAACCAUUUCUCGCCGCCUCUCCCCUUCCUCUCUCUCUGUCUCUCUCUCUCUCUGUCUGUUUCUCUCUCGAUACGCCAAUGGAAAUCUCUGGACAGAGAUCUGUCUUCACCGACAUCGGACUCAGAGAGCUCAAAGGAUUCCGAGUUAGGAAACGACCGUAUUUCGCAGAUUCUGAGCUGAGAUGCAGAGAAAUCGCCGGCGUGGCCGUGGAACACGACGGAGAUCGGACACCGCCGUUGGCAGUUUCGUUCUGUAAGAGGAGCCGGAAUUCCCAUAUCUUCGCGGUGUCUGAUGAGGACGGCCAUGUGAACUUGUUUGAUUCUCGUAAGAAGGCCGCCGCUUCAGCAUCUCACCAAGAGAACACAGAGAAGACUAGAUUUCGUGACUGGGUUGCUCAUCACAAUGCAGUCUUCGAUGUUUUGUGGAUCAAGGAAGAUAGCUCUAUUCUAACUGCAUCCGGUGAUCAAACUAUUAAAGUAUGGGAUGUAGAGGAGAGCAAAUGUACUGGAGUGCUGAUCGGACACACGGGAACCAUAAAGUCAUUAUGUUCACAUCCUAUCAAUUCUGAUCUUCUUGUCUCUGGUUCUAGAGAUGGAUCCUUUGCUCUGUGGGAUUUGAGAUGUAAGAGUAGCUCCCACAGAGGGGAAUUCUGUAUCAACUCUACUUCCAUGGUUAAAGGAGCUCAUCUAUCGCCGCUUUCAAAGCGAGUGAGGCGUAGCAAGGCUGCUUCAACGAGCAUUACCUCUGUGCUUUAUCUCAAGGACGAGGUCUCAAUUGCCACAGCCGGAGCGCCCGAUAGUGCCAUAAAAUUUUGGGAUGCGAGAAAGCUGAAAGCUCCUUUUACUCAGGCAUCUCCACAUCCAGAAUCAUCAAACACAAAGGAAAAGAGAUCACACGGCAUAGUAUGCUUGUCCCAGGACUCAAAUGGGUCCUUUCUUACAGCAUCAUGCAAGGACAAUAGAAUAUAUCUGUACAACUUGCUGCAACUCAACAAAGGACCUAUACAAUCUUUCUCUGGUUGCCGAAUAGAUUCAUUUUUCGUAAGGACUAUGAUCAGUCCUGAUGCUGAAUACAUUCUAAGCGGUUCGAGCGAUGGCAACGCUUGCAUAUGGCAGGUGAACAAGCCUCAAGCAGAUCCUGUAAUCUUGAAAGGCCACGACUUCGAGGUUACAGCAGUAGAUUGGUGCUCAUCAGAGAUUGGGAAGAUAGCAACAGCCUCAGAUGACUUCACGGUUCGAUUGUGGAACAUAGAGAACACUCGAUGCUCAAAGGCAACAGUGUCUCCAUCUUCAAACAAACGAAGAGUAAAGGAGUUGCCAUGCACCAAAGCCAAAGAACCAGAAAGCCCGAGAAAGAACCCUUCAGACGAAGAAGACGCGUCUAUGCCAAUAAUAAGAACUCCAGAGACUCAGAGGAAAACAUCAUCAGAAGAAGAAGAAGAGCAAAUGUGUGAGAGAACACCCGAAACCGCGUUCAACAGUCCAUCUUCUGUCCUGAACCCACCUUCAUCCAUCAAAAGAAGAACCAUCAGAGAUUAUUUUCUCAUCACGCCCUGAAUGUAAACACAUGAUUUUGUCCGAUUAAUGCUGCAUUUUUUUAAAAGAUGAUUGUACAGCAAAAUUGCUUUUCCGAAAAGGAACAUGCUCCAAAGUUUUUCACAGGUU